UCUCGGUUUCAUCCGACCGAGUGUUUCACCUUGGGGAGCGCCUGUCCUCUUUGUUAAGAAAAAGGAUGGGUCUAUGCGUAUGUGCAUCGACUACUGGGAUCUAAACCGGUUGACGGUGAAGAACAAGUAUCCACUUCCCAGAACUGAGGAUUUAUUCGAUCAGCUGAGGGGAGCCAGUGUAUUUUCCAAAAUCGAUCUCCGCUCUGGUUACCAUCAGCUAAAAAUUAGAGAGGCCGACGUGGCCAAGACCGCUUUCUUAACCAGAUACGGUCAUUAUGAGUUUGUUGUGAUGCCGUUUGGUUUAAGCAAUGCGCCAGCGGUAUUCAUAGAUCUCAUGAACCGUGUCUUCCAUACAUUUUUGGACCAGUUUGUCAUCGUCUUCAUUGAUGACAUUUUGGUCUAUUCCAGUAGCCCAGAGCAGCAUGAGGAGCACUUGAGAACCGUUUUGGAGACUCUUCAGCGUGAGAAGUUAUACGCCAAGUUCUCAAAGUGCGAAUUUUGGCUCGAUCAAGUGGCUUUACUAGGCCACAUCGUCACAUCUAGAGGAAUUGAGGUAGACCCAAACAAGAUUGAAGCAGUUCGAAACUGGUCGAAACCAAGAAAUGCCACCGAGGUUCGGAAUUUUCUCGGUUUGGCAGCAUAUUAUAGACGUUUCAUCAAGGGGUUUUCGAAGAUUGUCCUACCCUUGUCCCGUUUGACGAGGAAAUCGAUGAAGUUUGAGUGGGAUAGUCUGAAGGAUUAUGACUGCACCAUUAACUAUCAUCCUGGCAAGGCGAACGUAGUUGCCGAUGCCCUCAGCCGGAAGAGAAAGGGUGAACUGACUUGUAUGAUCACUCAACAACAUCAGUUGAUUCAUGAGUUCGCUCGGAUGCAGCUAGAAGUGGUCAAAUCACCUCCUAAGUUGCCAGUUGUGGGAGGUAUUCGAGCGAUGAGAAUGUGGCCCACGCUACGAGAUAGGAUCCGGAGGGAUCAAGCCUUCGACAAGUUCGUUCGAUCUAUUGGGGCGAAGAUUAAUGCCGGAGGAGUAGAGGGCUUUUAUCGAGGCACAGAUGGUGCCCUGGAGUACAAGGGAAGGAUCAUUGUGCCGAAUGUCGAGGCCCUGAAGAAAGAGAUCUUGACGGAGGCGCAUAGUGAACCAUACUUGGCACACCCCGGUAGCACCAAUAUGUAUCACGACUUGAAAUGGUCAUUUUGGUGGAAGGGAAUGAAGCGAGACGUCGCUGAGUUUGUUGAGAAGUGCUUGAUUUGCCAGCAGGUGAAAGCGGAGCAUAAGGUUCCGUCGGGUCUCUUACAGCCUUUAGAGAUCCCGCAGUGGAAGUGGGAGAAGCUGACCAUGGACUUUGUCACGGGAUUACCGAUGUCGGCCAAGCGUCACGACGCGGUAUGG